CUCGGUGCGAGGGGCUGGGCUGACGACACCUGCCCGCCUCGCCUCCAUCGUAUCACGCACGGCGGAAGACACUUCUACCUCACCGCCACAGCAAGCCGCGAGGAUCGAGAAGGCGGACGCGCAAGGUCCAUUUUUAGGGUAAAGAGAUCUUUUUCCCACCCCUUUCGGUCCCGGAGGAUCUACCGGAUCGAUGGCGAAAAUGGACCGACGCGUCGAACCACCGUUCCAUACGAUGAAUACCCAUCUUCUUCUUCAAAUGAGGGUAAACUAAUCAGCAAACAAAUGGUAGUACAACCAACAUCCAGUGGACAGAGUGUACCAAAGUGACAUUUCAAUAACACUAUAUCACACAAUCGAUUACACGCGAGUCAUGGCUGUGGAGAACGCCGUCCUGCCCCCGCGCCCGGACUCGCUCUCAUUGCCCGUGGACCACAAGCCGGAAGGGGAGCAGGAGACGGUCAACGAGGCCCCGAUGCCUCCUGCCGACAACCAUGGUGUCUUCAACGUGUCUGAGGAGCUGGGCCACGUUGUCACCAGCGAAGUACCCAAAGUGAAGAGGUCGUUCCAAUCCAAGAUGGCCGAGCGGGAGGCCACAGUCAAUCAGACCAGGAAGAAAAUCCAACCGGAGAAAGAGAGAGGGCGAUUUGGGUGGGCUCGCGCUCGGCGCAAGAGGCAGCGCUACGUGGAGAAGAACGGCCGCUGCAACGUGCAACACGGCAACAUGCGGGAGACCUACCGCUACCUGACUGACAUCUUCACCACGCUGGUUGACCUCAACUGGCGCUGCUCGCUCUUUGUCUUUGUCAUGGCCUAUGCCGUCACGUGGCUCUUCUUUGGUGCCAUUUGGUACCUCAUCGCCUAUUGUAGGGGCGAUCUGGAUCACCUGGAGGACGAGACGUGGACACCGUGCGUCAACAAUGUCAACGGCUUCAUUUCGGCCUUCCUCUUCUCCAUCGAGACAGAGACGACCAUCGGCUACGGCCACCGCGUCAUCACCGACCAGUGUCCCGUGGGCACCAUGUUGCUGCUGCUGCAAGCCAUCCUGGGCUCCAUGGUCAACGCCUUCAUGGUGGGCUGCAUGUUCGUGAAGAUCUCGCAGCCCAACAAGCGGGCCGAGACGCUGGUGUUCUCCAAGCACGCCGUCAUCUCGCUGCGGGACGACAAGCUGUGUCUGAUGUUCCGGGUGGGCGACCUGCGCAGCUCGCACAUUGUGGGCGCUAACAUGAGGGCCAAGCUCAUUAAGUCCAAGCAGACGCAGGAGGGCGAAUUCAUCCCCCUGGAUCAGACAGACAUAAGUGUGGGCUUCGAGACGGGCGACGACCGCCUCUUCCUGGUGUCGCCGCUGGUAAUAUCGCAUGAGAUUGACGCUCGCUCGCCCUUCUGGGACAUGUCACAGUCGCAGCUAGAGAAGGAGGACUUUGAGAUUGUGGUCAUCCUAGAGGGAAUGGUGGAGGCAACAGGCAUGACGUGCCAAGCCCGAAGUUCCUACUUGGCUGAGGAGGUGCAAUGGGGCCACCGCUUCAGUCCCAUGAUGUCGCUGGCUGAGGGCUUCUUCGACGUUGACUACGGUGCUUUCCAUCACACCUUCGAGGUAGACACGCCCUCCUGUUCGGCACGAGAGCUCUCAUUGGCUGCCGCCAGGCUGGACGCUCACCUCUACUGGUCCAUCUCCAGCCGGCUGGACGAGGAGCCCACCCUCGUCCAGCAAGCCACCGAGGAGCCGCCGCCGCCGCCGCCGCCACAGGCACCUCCGCCGCCGCAGGCACCGCCGCCGCCGCAGGCACCGCCGCCUGAGAGCCCCCUAGCCAACGACAAAGGGGAGGCGCCCACAUUCAUCGUGGGCGAGAUGACUGAUGUCAGCGCUCCGUUGCCGGGGCUCGGCGAACUCAACGGCAGCAUCCAGUCGGCGGCCUGCGAGGCUUAGAAUAAAGAAUGUUUACAUUUUGCUCUUUUGUUUAGACCUCCACAAGGAGACAAUUUAUUUUUCUCCUUUUAGAUAGCAUAUGUGGACGUUUCUCCUUUGAACCACCCUGGCGGUUUGAAUAAGUUUAUUAUACGUACAUUGGCCACAUUUGCUCAUAUUUGAUUAGCCUGUAGGAUGUAAACAUCUUAAGAAUGACAUUCUGCAAGCAACUCUGAACACUAAGGCUUAUCUAGCAGGGCGCUAAUAGUUCUCUGUGUGAUGUCACACAGUCAGUAGUUGUAUUUGUAUUAAUCAGGGGGAAAACCAAAUGUAUCAUGAAGUGAA